AUGCUCGGUCGACGGCUUUUUUCAACAAACCGUAUUGUCCGGUCGAACAUUGGUAGCUCACCUAUUCUGCUGCCCGAGACUGCCCAGCUCAAGCUGAUUCCGUGUGUUCUCGAUGAGGUCAGUCAAAUGCGCAUGGAGCUCGACAAAAAGCGCAACGGAAAGCCUCGCAUCUAUUUAACCCAGCAGGCCGAGAUCACAGGUCCCAAAGGCAAGGUGCUGAUGGACGUUGCUGAUUUCAUCAAGGUCGGCCAGGACGGCGCCAAGAUCACCAUCGAGGUCGAGGAACCCGAGAAGCGUCACCAGCGGUCGAUGUGGGGGACGACGCGGACGCUGCUGUCAAACAAUAUUAUCGGGGUCACCGAGGGCCAUCUUUGCAUUGUGAAGCUUGUCGGCACCGGGUUCCGUGCCCAGCUCGAAAAGACAGGCGAUGGCAAGCAGCAGCUGAGUCUGCGAGUGGGCUACUGCGACGCCAAACAGGUGCCUGUGCCCGACGACCUGACGGUGACGGUGCCUGUGCCUCACCGGGUUGUUAUUGAGGGCUGCGACAAGCAGCAAGUCAAGCUUCUGGCCGCUGAGAUUCGCAAGUUCCGAAAGCCAGAACCCUACAAGGGCAAAGGUAUUUUUAUUGACAACGAGACCAUCAAGCUCAAGCAAAAGAAGAUCAAAUAA